ACCGAACAAGUAAAUCGGCUACAAUGUCAAGCUUAGAUCAAGAUUGGAAUUAAGUUCAGUCUCAUUAGGGUCCUCAUUCAUCAGAUUUUAGGGUCUAUUCAUAAAUCCAGAGAGACAAUUAUGCAAUUUUUAUAUUUCUUGAGAAAAAGAAAGCAUUGACAUUGCUAAAACAAUAUAUAGGACAUCAAACAGAAUAGGAGGCUCUCUCUUGCAGCAUCGGAGACGUCUUCAGAGAGAAUUAAUUCCUGCAAACUACUUUCAAAAGCAAUCCCAGCAAGUUAUGGGCCACUUUAUUCGCUAAUCUACAAACAAAAGAAUUCAAAAUAUCCUUAGUGCAAAAACCUCAAGGAUUUCUACCCACCACAUUACUGUUAAUGGUACCACCUCCAAACUACUUGAAGGCCUUGGAUAAUUGCUCUAGCUUUUGGUAGUUUCAGGACUGCUUUGGGCAUGGGGUCUUUAUCGGGGUAAUCCGUCUUCGUAAAGGCUUUAACUGACGGGAAAUUCUUGCACAAUAAGGGCAUUAAGGGCAAUACUGGAUCUUUUCUCCUUCUCUUUUUGUGCUUUGGUAAACGACACGGUAUGCCAGUCAACCCUUUUUCGUUUUUCCAGACAAUAUACAGAACCAGAAGUAGCAGAGAAACUUCAUGGCAACGGGAGGACCCAGAAUGAAACACAUUUGAAUCAUACGGUUUCUUGCUCACAACUAAGAGCUCAAAGUUUUGUACAUUUUCCUUUUGGUUUUUCUUUUAUUCUCUGUUUCUGCUGCUUAAGCUCUUAGUUGCGAUUUGUUCCAGAACAGAAAGCACUAUUUCACAGAGGUUCUUGAAUCCAGUGCCAGGUCAGUGUAUGAGUAAAGAGUCAGCAGACAUGCUUACCCCUGUUGUUACCAGUUUGAUCUUCAUUAACAACAGGAGAUUAGCUGAAAUGUUCCCUGAAAGCUUGCGAAAUCUUUGGAAUGAAUGGGAGCUUCGUGUCGCCGUUGUUGUCAGCCUUACUGUGCAGAUGAUCCUAAUUGUACUGGGAAGUCGAAGAAAGUAUAUAGCCAGAGAUUGGCUAGCAGUCAUCCUUUGGCUUGUCUACUUAUCAGCGGAUUGGAUAGUAAAUCUUUCUGUUGGUGUUCUCUCUAACAUGGAAUCAACUGAUAAGAAAGGUUUGAUGGACCCAGAGUAUGUGAUAAUGGCAAUUUGGGCACCGUUGGUUCUUUUACAUCUUGGUGGUCCAGACACAAUUACAGCCUAUUCAUUUGAAGACAAUGAAUUAUGGAUGAGGCAACUGCUUGGGCUAGUUGUCAAGUUCGGGGGAGCAUUUUAUGUCCUUAUUAAAUCAUGGAUGGGAAGUCCAAUUAACUUAAUAGCAGUUCCCAUAUUUAUAGUUGCAAUAAUUAAGUGUGGUGAGAGAACUUGGGCUCUACGAUCUGCAAGCAGCGAGCAAUUUAGGAAGUCCAUGCUCCCUUGUCCUGAUCCAGGACACAGCUAUGCUAAAUUCAUGGAUGAUUACACUUCAAUAAUAGCUGAGGGGUACAAUGUGUCACUGGAGCCAGUGAUUGUAGAAGCUCCCAUUGUGCUGGGUCAUCAUAGUAAAGCUGAUGCAAACAGUUUUCAUCCUGAUGCUGUCAUCUUGCAUGAUGCUGCAUAUCUCUUCAGCACUUUUAAACGGUUAUUUGCAGAUCUCAUCCUCAGCUUCCAGGAUCUUGAGAGCAGCAGGUUAUUCUUCCAAGAUGAGCAAACAGCUUGGGAGAAAGCUUUCAAAGUUAUUGAGAUUGAGCUUGGGUUUAUGUAUGAUUUGCUAUAUACCAAGGCAAUUGUGACGCAUACUUAUCUGGGCAGCUUUCUUCGUAUUAUCAGUUUUUCUUCAACCAUCUUGGCUGUCAGUUUCUUUGCAUUAAUUGAUAAGCAUUCUUUCUCAGGAACUGACAAGUGCAUAACCUUUGUGUUGCUGUUUGCUGCUAUUGCUUUACAAACAUAUGAGAUAGUUAUACUACUUUCCUCAGAUAGGACAGUACUUUGGUUGAGCAGACACAAAAAUCUGUUGGGGGGCUGUACCUACAAGAUCAUCUCCCGUAUCCUAUUAUGGUUACAGUCCUGUCAUAUGAUUCCUGCUAGGAACAAGAGAUGGUCUAAUUCCAUGGCAGAAUACAAUCUAAUAAGUUUUUGCCUCAAAGACAGGCCAAUCAAGUUCAGUGGAUUUUUCAAGUGCUUAUGCAUUCAUGAUAUGGUAGAGAAGCAUCAAUAUAAAGUUUUAGACAGAGUCUCCCCUGAGUUGAAAAGGAUGGUCUUUGAACAACUUGUGGAGAAAUCUAAAAAUCCACUGGACAUGAACAUUUCUAAGCAAUUAUGCGCUCGAAGGGGUGAUCAUGUACUCAGAGAAACAGGAUGUUUCGACAAGAUCGGCUGGAGCAUUGAAACAGAAUUUGAUCAGAGCAUUCUUCUAUGGCAUAUCGCCACAGACCUCUGCUUUUACACUGAUCUUAACAAGAAAUCAAUUAUUAUUAAGAACUCAAUCUGUAAAGAAAGUAAAUCAUUAGCAGAUUACAUGCUGUAUCUUCUGAUCAUGUGUCCUGUCAUGCUUCCUAAUGGAAUUGGACAAAUUAGAUUCCAAGACACCUGCGCUGAAGCAGAACAAUUCUUUCAAGAAAAGAAGUAUGUAUCAGAUAGAAACCAAGCUUGUGCUGCAUUGCUUCAAGUGAAUACUGAUAUUCUCCCAUCCCAAGUGAAAGGAGAUAGAAGCAAGUCAGUGUUAUUCGAUGCAUGUAGACUUUCCAAGUCCAUAGAGUCCUUGGAGACAGUAGAACAAUGGACAAGUGAGAAGAAAUGGGAGAUGAUAAAUCAUGUGUGGAUAGAGAUGCUUUCUUAUGCUGCAAAUCAAUGUAGAUGGAACAACCACGCCAAGCAACUCACAGGAGGAGGGGAGUUGCUCACUCAUGUCUGGCUGUUGAUGGCUCAUUUGGGCAUUACUGAACAAUUUCAGAUCUCUAAAGGUAAUGCUAGGGUGAAGUUGGUUCCGAGCUGACAAGCCUGCAAAAAGAGAGAAUACCAUAGAUAAGUUAUGUAGUUGAAAUUCAAUACUAGCAAUUUAUAACAAGUGCUAUUUAGAACUUCCUUUUAUUGUUACUUUAUAUACUUUGCAUAUCAGAAGCAUUCACAAGUUUGCUCAAUCAUUUUAUCUGAGAAUUACAGAAUUAAUCGUUGCUCAAGAAAAGGAUAUUAAUACAAUUGCUCAGGGAGUAUGAUGGGACAAGUAAUUGAUUGACUUCCAAAUGUUGGUUGUAACUUCUGUAUAUCAGGUCGCAAUGCUCAUGGAAUAAGGAGAGCAAUCCAACCGAUGAAGGCUGUGACACAUUUUGCAGUGACAUUAGCAUAACAUUUUGUUGUUAUUUUGUGAUGUAAUUUACUGAUAUUAUGGCUUGUAUUAUGUUAAGAAAAUUCUGGAAUAUGAAAAAGAAUGAAGGAGCAUGUAUUUAGCAGAAAUUUAGGGACGUUUGGUAUGAAUUAGUUGAGAUACAUGUUCCACUACUAUUGAUAAGUUAUUAUCAAGCUGUUCUAACUUUUAUCUAUAAAAGCAUAACGAAAUGCAGCAAACUAUAUUACAUUCA